AAAGAAAACUCCAAAAGUAAACGGACUCUCCACCAGCCGGCUGCAGGGCGGGAGGGGGCUUCCUGCCCACCCCGGAGACCCUCGCAAGCGCCGGGCUGCGGGCUCCGCCCCGGGAAGCCUCAACCUGGGGCCGGGCAGCGGCGCUCAGCUGGGAGGAGGAGCCGCGGAGGAGGCUGCCUGCCCAGCCGGCCAGAAGCUCCGCGCCGGGGUCGGCUGGUCCAGGCGGGCGGAGCGACCCGGCGCAGCGCCUCCCGGAACCGGCCGGUCGCCACCAUGGCCCGCCUGCUCCUGCCGCUCUUGCUCCGCCAGGCGCCCGCAGCCUUCGCCGGCCGGAGCGGGACGCGGCGCUGCAGCCUCGGUGCCUGCGCUUCCUAUCGCCUCCGGGACGGCGUGCACCCUCUCUGGCAGAGCCCGAUUACCAUCCCGGGAGGCAGCCGCCAGUCUCCGAUCAAUAUCCAGUGGCGAGACAGCGUUUAUGACCCUCACCUGAAACCCUUGGAAAUCCGCUACGACCCGGACACUUGUCUCCACAUGUGGAACAACGGAUACUCUUUCCUGGUUGAGUUUGAGGACACCACAGAUAAAUCAAUCAUAACGGGAGGUCCCUUGGAGAACAACUACCGGCUGAAGCAGUUCCAUUUUCACUGGGGGGCCGUCAAUGAAUGGGGCUCCGAGCACACCGUGGACUGCCAGGUGUUCCCAGCUGAGCUGCAUUUAGUUCACUGGAAUUGCUGCAAAUUUGAAAGUUUCGAAGAAGCUCUAAUGGACGAGAACGGUUUGGCUGUCAUCGGCGUUUUUUUGAAGCUUGGAGCCAAUCAUAAUGGCCUGCAGAAAUUAGUAGAUGCCUUGCCGUCCAUUAAAUACAAGGAUUCUCUGGUUGAACUGGAAGAGUUUGAUCCUUCCUGCUUGUUGCCUUCAUGUCCGGAUUAUUGGACUUACUCGGGAUCUCUGACCACCCCUCCGCUUUCAGAGUCGGUCACCUGGAUCAUCAAGAAGAAAGCCAUUGAGGUCGAUGAAGACCAGCUCGAGGUCUUUCGGAUGCUGCUCUUUAGUCAGGCUGGAGAAGACGAGAAGAGGAUGGUGGACAACUUCCGUCCCCUGCAGCCCAUCAUGGAUCGAACAGUCCGCUCCUCCUUUCCAAAGCGCUUCUGGCAGGACAUGGAAAAGCCGUUGGAGGACCAGAUGUUCCGUGCCCAUGAGCAAGGGCGCCUUCAGGACACUCUGCAUCUUUAAGAAGCUAAAUGUUAUUAUCUGCGCCUGAAAAGUAGUUUAGCAUCAAGCUGAGGACAAGAUCCGUGGUUUCAAAGGGGCCAAGAGAUUUCUGGUCCUUCCCUCUUCCAAAAGACUGUGCUUGUAGUGUGAGAACCGCUUGGGCUCUUCUCCCAAUAACAGAUCAAAGCACCAGUUAGGACUUCAAGCCUCACCUCUGCUCUCCAGGUGUUUCUCCAUCAGCAGAUGCUGCCUUGCAGGAGCUGAAUAGUUGGGUAAGGCCUCUCCGAGGACCUCUGAGGAACCAGGACUGUUCACUGAGAGGGAAUUUAUACAAUUUGACAAGGGCAGGAAUUUGUUUUGGGUGCCAAGCUACUUUGACCCAGAUGCCAGGAUUAUAACAACCUAAAUUGCCAAUUGUUCUGGGAAUUAUAGUAUUAAUGCACCUGAUGGUGUAACUUUAUAGCAGUUCCUCUCCUUCCCCAGCAAUUUUUCUGUCUCUGUACAUACAAGAGGCUGGGAGUUAUUUGGGAUCUAGGAAAGAAGUGGAAAACCUAUUCUGUUUAAAUCAGCAGAUUUGAAUGGAUUUUGGGCUCUGAAACAACCAGGCGCACUUAGAAGGAAAUACCUAACAUAGGCACGAUAUACAUUACAAGGAAACAUGAUAGGAUUCAUUUCCUAACCUAAAUAUGUGUGUGUACUUGCUGAUACAUGAAACCUGCCAGAUUGUAAAUAUGCAAUUUUUUUUCAUUCUGUAGCACUUUAAAAUAGCCUUUAAAACACAAACUCUAGGUAGAACCUGCACAGUGCCUGACCACCUGCACAGUGGAAGACAAUCAAUCCCCUGUAGCAGCUUGCUAAACCUUCAUUUGAGGUUAGUGAGUACACAAUUGCUGCCAUAAGUGAUCAGGGGCAUUCAAAACAGCCACAUAGGAGGACUUGUGGGUUAACAACCUUAACGUGUGUGUAUUGAAGCAGGAAUAAAUCCACAGUACUUUCACGCCUUACAACAUAGCUUCUCAGGCUUGACGAUUUUAAGACGUGACUUUCUUCUUUUUCAUAUCAGAGUUUUUUGUAUCUCCUAAGUCCUUUUUCCUCUUCAUGUAAAAGAAUCGGAAUAGGUGGCCUGAGAGAUGGAUGGAUCUAUUUGGCGUUUAUAAAAAAGGUGCAGAAAGGAAGCUUACGCUGUUACGCAUCUUUAUAAUAAAUACGAAGUUUUCUCUC